AUGUAAACAACCUAGUAAUGCCGUAAAGGACUUUUCGCUUGUUUUGAUGUAGAUAUUUAAGAUGGAAUUCAGUCAUUUAUUGGCUGAAUUGAAAAAUGCAUCGGAAGAAUAUGGAAAACAGGUGUCUGAUAACACCUCUGCAACAGCUAAAUUUUGCCAGAUCGUAUGUAGGGUUGCAGACAAUUUUGAGAAACACAUAGAUAAAUAUGAAAAUCAAGUAAUAGGACUAUGGGUUAUAUUUGGUUAUAUAACAGAAUUGUAUCCUCAGCUGGAAAAAGGCACAACCACUCAAUCACUAUGUCAAAAAUUAUUUGGAGUGAGUGCAAGGAUUGUGCUAGAUGUGCAAUGGGCACAGUUAGACGAAGAUCGUCCUUACAAGAAGAAUUUUGGGAAUACUUUAACAGCCUUCCAUGAAUUGUUAUUAAAAACAGAUGGAUCGAGUCGUUUUGAUGUAAUAUUAGCUUUGAUGGAUACACAUUGGACCCAUCCUAUAUUAGGACAGGUUAUGUCUAGUGAAGAAGAUGAUGAAGAAGGAGAAGGUUUAAAGUACAUCUGCAGUGAGGAUCCAGAUAUACUGAGAUUAAGGGUUGAACUGAUGUUACAACAAAACUGCGAGGAGUUUGCCCUAAAUUUAUGCACUUGGUGUCUAAAACAUCCUGAACUAAAAUCUGAUUUGGAUAUUCGACAAAUACAGUUGACAUUAAUGGAUAAAUUACAUGAUUUAGAUAGGCUACAAGAAGAGGCCGAGAUUAUUCCAGCUGAUGAAUGUGUAGCACUGGUUAAACGAUUUUUAGAGUUGCCAAAUCAAAAGAAAAUAUGUACAUUACUUGCACAGACAUUUCUGGUGCAGAAUUGGAUCAAAUCUGGAAAUGAGAAAGAAACAAUUGAAUUACUACGUAUGUGGAUCCAACAUCAGUAUAUGGUAGACCAGGACGAAGAAAAGUUUAUAAGUAAUUCUUGGGCCAUUGCAAAACUUUCUAGAACUACAGAGCAGAUAACAUUAAUAAUAGAUUGUAUUAGAGAAAAGUGUGGAGAUUCCUUAUUACAGUUCUAUACAGACAUGUGCAUUUAUGCCAUUAAUAUAGAUAAAGGUGUGCUAGAAAAGAGUAUGCAGAGUGGUGAUAUGUCUGAACUACAAUCGCAUCAACAAGACAUGUCUUUAACGUGUAGUAAAUUAGCUGAUAUAUUUCGAAAUAACAGUAUUAGAACAGCAAGAUACAGUAUUGUGACAGCAUUUUCGUUAAAUCCAUCAAAGAAAAGUUUGGACAAAGUGGCAAGUUUCUAUGAGUCAGACAAUCAGUAUAAAAGUCAAAUUACCAAGUGCUGUGGUAAUUGUACUUUUGAUACAGGGAAGUGCUCUCAAAGUGACGAAAAGAAGGAAAAAAUCAAUCCAGCAACAUUGUAUGAAGUGGAGCGACUACUCAAUAUGUUGCGACCUUAUAAUUUAAAACCAGAUACAGAUUGGAAAGAACUGGGACCCGCUUGUUCAAAAUAUUUACACGAAAGAGAACGAAUCAUAGCGUUAAUGGAACAGGCUGAAGCCAAAAAGAAAGAGCAACCCAAUCAACUCAGUCAUCAACAAUUAGCUGCAAGUUUACGUGAAAAGUUACUGAUAACUAGUGGACAUAAUAAACUUGCACAACCCAAUAAACCCUCCCUAUCUCCUGUUAAACCAACACCCAAACCCGAACUAAAAAUAGAAAGAUCAACUGUUGGGUAUGCAAAUAAUUUACAACAGGUGGUUGAGAACUUACAAAAGAGACUGGGGAAAUCCCCUACUAGUACGAAUAUGAAAUCUCCAAGUAAAGUAAAACCCAGGACAGCUCAGUCUGUGAAUUUAGCCCAUAAUGCCAUGCUUAAUCUAAACAGUAAUGUGAAUAGUGCUAAUAUGCUACCUACUGCCAGUCAAAUUUUAGCUAUCAAAAAGAAAUCUGAUGCGGAAAGUAUUCGAUUAAGAACUUCUCAACAAAUUGCUGCCACGAUCCAGCAAACAUUUUUAAGAAAUUAUGAGCAGCAGCCACAGCCACAACCGUGUCAAAAAGUUGUUGUGCGUGUUCAGAACCAUCAACAACAAAAUCAACAAAAUAAAUUAACUGUUGUUAGUCCAACAGGCACUUAUAUUAGACAACCUAACAUGGUUAAAAGAACAAUCAACUAUCAAACACCACAUUCUACAAGUGCUAAGCCAGCAACAAUUCAGUGUCAAUCAAUUAGACUUGUAUCAAGUAACCAAAGUUCUUUGUCACAUCAAAGACAACAACCACAACAGGGCAAUUUUAGCAUUCAGCAGCAUGGUCAAUCAUUGCAGGAAAAGCAUUCUCAAAACAUUCAGAGUCUUCAAAAAGUUGGUUAUCAAAGGCAGGUAGUACAACAGCAAUCUCAGAAUACCCAACAAUACCAUGUGUCUCAAGCAUCAAACGAAAUGGUGUAUACACAGCAGCCUGGUGCACUUUUAUCCACAAUGCCAAGUGCAAGUACCAGUAAAACUCUUUCUAAUACAUUAUUGGUGGACAGCAGAAAUGUAACAAAUAUGCUACCAGGUCCAACUCAGAUAUUCAAAAACAAACCAACAGGUUCACAGUUAAAUAUUGGUUCAGUUGGGAACCAAAUACUUCAUCCUCAACCGUUAUUAAGCUCACCAACUAUACAAUCUACCAGUUCAGAUGUUAACAAAGCCAAGAUGCGACCCUUGUCAUCCUCUCAGGUUCAACUUAUUGCUCGAGCAAAAGCUCAAGGAUAUGAAUCUGGUAAGGCUUUGGUGAGAAUUCUUCAAUCACAGAGUGUACAGAAUCCAGUUGGAAUAGUGCACAGCCAGGCAUCUCCAGUACAGUACCAAUCAAGCAUUCAACAUGCAACAACUACAUCAGCAAAUCAACAAGUUAUUUCAAUAAACCAGCAACAGUUAGCCUCCCAGCAGGUUGCCGCAUUCAGCCAACCUCAAAAUAUGGUUCAACAGCCUUUGAUAUCAAACCCUGGAGGACAGACAUACACAUCAAAUAUAAAUCAUUCUGUAACUAUGGCCCCUCAACUUUAUCAGCAAAGUAUCCCAGGCAUAAAUUUAGGGAAUUUGCAAAACUGUCAAAUAAAGGUAUCUGCAAAUCAGCAGGCAAGUCAGCCUGUAUUGUCAUCUCCAAUGCAGACAGAUUUGAGCACAUUGUUGACAGCUGCUUCAACUAACGCAAGAUCAAGCAAUCAUCAAACUAUUACAUCAGUUCCAGCUACAUGUACCUCCAACAUAUUUCCUACAUUAUCAAGUUCACCAGCCUUACUAAACCAAUCAUCAAUCCAGUCAGAUCUCAACUCCAUCGUCCCAACAAUUCCUCAUUUAGAUUCGCACCAAUUCCAGGAUUUGCAAAAUCAAAUCCAAGCAACUCAGACACAACAGCAUAAUAUCCAAACACCAAAUAUCUCUGCUGAACAACUACAAGAGGAGUUAAAUAAAAUCAACAGAUCUACACAUCAACUGUCAGCACAUUCUAGCUCACAGACACAACAUACACUUAACCAGAAAACAAGCCAGACUCAUCGGCAGGGUAGUAUGUAUAAUCAACUGCAAAAAAUUCCUACAACUGCUCAAAGAGUGGUACAGAGUGUUGCUAGCAAUAGCCGACAAGAAGUUACUCAGAAUCCAUCUCCUAAACAAGUACAUAUAAAACAAGAGUUUUUACAGAAAAACCCUAUGCACCUUACCUCCACCAGUAACAAGCUUUCACCUUCCAUAAAGGCCAGCACUUCAACACCCUUUACACAGUCUUCUAGUCUGAGUCUUCAAAAGAUGCUACACCAAACGGCUGAAAAACAGAAGAAUCCAAUUCAGCCAGUUGUUAAAGAUAUCAUUCAACCACACGUAGAUCAUAGUGUAGCAUUAGUUGAUACUUCUGUAGAUGAAAGUGUCCAAGCUGCUGAAGAACAAAAGAACAUAUUCGUGAAAAGCUUAUUGAAUGCAAGUGAUGAAAUUCUGGAAACCUUGGCUGCUUUACCAGAAACUGCCUUAAUAUCUGAUCUAUUUCAAAAUGCCAACCCAGGUGAUGAACUGCACAUUGCUUUAUCUGAUAACUUAGAAGAACUUGGAAUAGAAGAUGUGUCUUCAUUAUUACUGAAUAAUUCUGUGGAAAGUAAACCAGGCGUGGAUUGCAAACCUUUAAAUGAAACAGAAAUAUCUUCAUACAGAGAUUCCUACCAGUUUCCAUUGAACCCAAAAGAUUCUAAUUACCUUGCGGCUCAAAGCUUACAUGAUGUUCAAGGUAUUCACAUUCCAGAAUUACACCAGUCCUUUGAGCAACCUGCUCCAGAACAAUCAGUUGUGCAGGUUGUACCAACACAAGACAUCCAGAACAAAGUUGUAACCUCAACAGAAGAUAGCUUUUCCCCUGCCAUGACUGCACAUGCAAAAUCAGAUGAAAGUAGAGUUAUAAUGGAAAAGAUAUCUAAUUCUAAAAAAUCAGGAUCCGUUUUCAAAUGCAUAAUUUGUGGAGCAGUUUUUCCUUCUUUAGACUCCCUACAAUACCAUGUUCAAAGGGUGUGUAAAUCGGAAGGUUCAGUUUAUAACAUUGACAGUAUAAAACCAAACGAUCCCAAAGCAAACUACUCUGGAAUGAAUGCAAAAACUAUUUAUCAGUGUGUUAGAUGCAGUAGUAUAUGUAUUUCUGAAAGAGAAAUGCAACUUCAUACCAAAAACUGUCCUAAGAUUGCCCAGAACCUUCUCUUAAGUGCUGUAAAUACAAAUUCAACCAGAAAAGCAGAACUGCCUUCUAUUCUUCAAUCAGCCAAAAAGGAAAAAUUGCAACUUUCAAGUGUAGCAGAACUGGUUGCUAAACAAAAGGGAGAGAUCAAUAAAGAAAAAGAACACCAAUUAAAGAAACUUCAAGCUCAAAAAGUUUUGCAGAAGCAGAAAGAACUACAGAUCAAAAAGGAAAAACAGGCAGUGAAGCUAGCAGCUAAACAGGCUGCAAAGCAGAAAGGCCCCCCACCUCCACAAUACAAGGAAAUGACAAGUUCUUCUGGUAAAACCUUCUACAAGUGUGAAUUAUGUGGACAAACUUUUUGUUCUCCAGAAGGAGUACAUGAUCAUUGGUUACCUUGUCUGGCCAAAAAUCCCCUUAAAAAGAAGAAAAUCAAAAAGAAGAAACUGGAGAACGACCUAACUGCCAAACAAUCUGGUGUUGAUCCUGAAAGGAUAACCCAAAUCAUGACAGACAUUUUUCACUCAGUUGUUGGACCUUCGGAAGAUGAUAAACCAAUAGAAGUUAGCCACCACUAUGACAAAUUAGCUAAAGAAAAUGAAGCAUCAGUUGAAAAAGAGGAUUCUUUCCCAGAAAGAGAUACAGAUAGCCUAAGUACUUCAAACAACACUGAAAGUGAAAAUCAAUUGAAUGGUGAUAAAGAGUCUGAGAAAGAUAAUGAAAAAGAUUCGUUGGAUUGCAGAGAGACAGAAAAAGAUAAUGAGAAAGAUUCUGAUGAUGGCGGUGAAACGGAUACAACUGAUAGUUCAAGAAUUCUCCGUGGAAGGGUUAGUGGUGGUGUCCAAAAGCCAAAAUAUAUGUUUUCUUCUGACAGUGAUGAAGAUCUGAAGAGAGCAAAGAGGUUAUCCAAAGAAGAAUUUAGUAAUUCAGGGACUAAAGUUCAUUCUGAUGUUGACAAAAUCAGACUUAAGAAAAGUUCAACAUGCUUAUUGUGUUCUGUAAAACUUAAAGAUUUGGGUAUUAAACUCCAGCACUUUGCAGUUAAACACCUUAAACUUCAUACUCAUUUUAAAAGUUGCAAGGGACAUAAGUUUACAUGUCACAUGUGCAACGUACAAUUCAAUGUCUAUAAAAACUAUGUAUUCCAUCUCAAAAAGCAUGAAAAUGAGAUAUUGGGAAGAAUGGUCCAGAAAUUAUCAGCAGAAGGUGUGUCAAAGGUUGCUUCCCGGAGACAGCAAUCGGUUCAAAUGAGGCUGCAAAUGUUAGCUGCAAGAAAAUCUAUUAAGAAACAUCUCUCUCCACAGAAGAAGUAUCUACCUAAAAAUUCAGGAAAGGAGAAGAGUAGUUUGCAGACAAGGGGUAGACCAAGCAAGGAGUCAGACAAACAAAAUGAAAAGCUAAAUAGAAUGGGUACAAGAAGAACUGGUGUUAGAGUUGCUCACCAACAAGCCCUGAACAAGAUAAAAAACAAUGCAAAUGGAUUUGACAUAUUGAAUACAUUGGCAGAUUUCAAUACUGAUGCAUCAUCUAGUAGUCAUUCAAGGAGUUGUAGUCCAGUUCCAUUAGAAAAUGCAAAGCGCAGAACAAGGUCCCAGAGAUCUGCAUCUUUAGUUAAGAAUUUAAAAGAAACCACAGAUGAUGACUCAUCUCAGAAAGAUAUAUAUGAGAAAGAUGGUGAUACAGAAACAGAAAUUAGCCAGGACAGCAAUGAUGAAGUAACACUAACUGACCUUGAAGCUGAAAAAGUGACAGAUAGUGAAACGGGUACACAAGAGGGGUCAGAUCAAGAUUAUGAUCCAACACAAGAACAUUCAGACCAAGAUUCUCAACCAUCAGAAACACAAGAUUCUCAGCAAUCAGAAACACAAGAUUCUCAGCAAUCAGAAACACAAGAUUCUCAGCAAUCAGAAACACAAGAUUCUCAGCGGUCAGAAACACAAGAUUCUCAGCAGUCAGAAGAUUCCCAUCAAUCGGAAACACAAGAUUCUCAACAAUUUGAUGAUUCUGAAGAGACACAAGACUCUCAAAAUACACAAAACUCUCAAAAUACACAGGAAUCUACUCAAUUGCAAGAUUCUCAACAAAACCAAACUAGUUUUAGUCCAGACUCAGAAGAUACCAAGAAGGAAGUUAAGGGUUCCUCAUUUUUGACUUCAUAUCUGUCCUUUCUUGGUGAUCGAAGUGGAGCUUGUGAACCCCCUGUUGAAAUACAAGAGAGGCCCUUAUCUAUUAUGCAAUAUAGAAGAUCUUACUUCAAGCAUCCAAAAAAUAAAUCAACUAUUCCAAAGCAAAUAAGUAGAACUCGUCAUUCUGUUGAAGGACCAACGAUUCAAGAUAUGCUAACCAAGACAACAAUUAAUUCUUCAAAAGUAAAGCAGUCACGCAGAAUGUCUGACAGUGAAUUGUUAUUACAGCAUAGCCAUUUACUAGAAAAUGUUGAAUUAAGAGUAGUUUUAAAGAAACUUCCUGGAUCACCUCAAAACACAGUCAAUGUAAAGCAGUUUGAAGCAGAUUCUAAUGAAAGUGGAGCUGGAGCUGUAUCCCAAUGUUCUACUUCUCUUUUUGUUAAUGACCAAAAAGAAAUUAAAGAAGUAAUCACUCUUCAGAAGGACCCAGUAAGAUCAAUUGAAGCAGAUGAAAGAAAGCAGUCAGUAAUGAAUGAAUCAUCUGAGUGCCAAACACAACAAAAGGGUGACAAAAGACUGAUUACUUCAGAACUUGGAAGGCCUAAACCAAAAACUAAUAAAGCUGAAUUUGAAGUUCUUCUGAUGGAUGAAACUUCCCCAUCUCAGCUGAUAUCUAGCUUUUUACAAACAGAGACAUUAAAAGUUAUCCCACCCUUAUCACAUAGAAAUGAAAAAGAAGAAACACAUUUGAAGAUGCACAACAAUGCAAACGAAGGUGUAGCAGGCAGUAAAAAUACUACGAAACAAGAAAUCAAUGCUACUGAUAUGUCAACUCAAAUAAAAUUUGACAGAACCCAGAAAACAUCACUUGAAGGAAAAUAUGAAAAAGAAAUAACCUGUUCUGCGGACAUUUCCCAAGUUAAUAUGACAUCCUCUAAAGAUGUCAUAAUCAUUGAUGAUGAUGGUGAUGAUGAUGAUGAUGAUGAUGAAGAUAGCAACAACAAUGAUCAUGUCAUUGUAGGUGGAUCAUUAACAGAGUGUGUUUUGAUGAAAGCCAGCUCCUCCCAAGAUGCUGAUGGAGAACAGGAGCAAGCUAUAUCUGAUAUUAUAAUUAUUGAAAAAAAUAACGAAGGUCCUGAAGCAGAAAUAUGUCUAGACCCUGAAAUCAUUGAAUCAACACAUGUGACAGCCGCUAAUUUUGAAAUCAUACAAAAUGAUGUGAAAGAGGUAGUGGAAGGAGCUACAAUAACUGUUAUAAGUGAUUCCGUCAAGUUAAAGUCUUCUCCUAAUAAAGCAAAAAACAUCACAGAUAACAAAGAUUUAUGCAGUAAUGAAGGCCAUCCUUUUAUCUUGUCAAAUGAAUCCAGUGGCAAGUCUCAAAGUAUGUCAAAGAUUAGUGAUUCAGGUGAAGUUAUUGCAUGCAUUAAUUUUGACAAUGUAUCCAGUGUGAUUAUACCUGUAGCGGAGAUGAAGCCAGAAAAUAUUAUUCCUGAAGCAAGACAUGUCCUACCUAAAGAUGAAAUAAAUGCUGCAAAUGCCAAUAAAAUGAUUGAAAGAAAACUACCUGAGGAUGUACUUCAUAAAACAUGUUUGAGUGUCAGAAAUGUUGAUUGUGGGGAUAUAUUUCGAAGGACAGAAACAAAUCAUGAAAAGAUUGAUGAAAUACCGACAGAAGUAAAUUCUUCAAAUGGAAAAUAUAUAGCCGGGUCAAUGGAGUCUAAUUUAUCUGAAGCCAAUAACCUUAUUAAAGAUAUUGAGGUGUGUGGAUUAAAAGCAAAGUACUUACAUGUAUCUAAAAAAGAUAAAGUAUCCGUAGAUCAUAAUCUUCCCACAACAAGUGAAUUCAACUGCAAGCAAGAAAUAAAACAGAGUUCUGCAACAUCUCGAGAAGGGUGGGAAGAGGGGUGUAAAGAUCAAGUACAUGAUACAGGUGCUAGUGUUGCUGUAACUGAUGAUGUUAGUAUAGAACAAGCUGCAGACGCAUCAAAUUGUAUUGAAGAUAGGGAGCUAAAAUCGACUUUGAUACCAAAAGCAACAGUUUCUGACUCAAGUCAUUUUAUUUCCCAUGGUAUUCGUCUUACAUCUGCAACAACUUCUAACUUUGAUUCUUUUAAUGAUGAUGAAUUUUCUGAACCAGAGGAAACUAUAAACUGUUUAGGCGACCCAUCAACCAAUGCCCAAUUUGAUAAAAUAACAACCACAAAAAUUACUAAUGUAGAUGAUCCAAAAAUACUCAGUGCUACAGCCAAGAGUGGGAAUUCAAAUGAAAUUAAUGUAGAUAACCAACUAUUACUUGAUGCAUCAGUUAGAACCAUUCCUUGUGAAACGACAUCUGUAUGUACCAAUAAGAUAUUAUUAGCUGAAACUAUUCCCAGGGAGGAUGAGAAAUUAAUAAAGACAACUUCUGAAAGUUUGUCCAAGGAUGAUCGAAGAUCAAUUAAAGACACAGACAUGUCUCUGGAAGUGGCUGGUAACAGUGUAGAUGACAAGACAAAAUCUGAUGUUUCAGAUAAACUACGGGCAGUGGAUAGCACCAAUAUAGAUGAACAAACAUUGAUUAAUUCCAAAUUUGAAACUAUGAUGACAGAAAACACUAAUUUAGGUGAUCCAUCAAUAAUUAACAUUGAGUCUGAAGAUAACCUAUCAGUACUUAAUUGCAAUCGCUAUAAGACAGAAUUUAAAGAUGAUGUUCAUAUUGGAACCCCUAAAAGCAUCAAUCUAGAUAAUAAAAGUUUACUUGAUAAUAAACAUGAUUCUAUGUCAACUGAAAGCAUUAUUCAACAUGAUAAGGCAACAACGACGGAAAAAAUGAAUGCAGACCAGACAGAAACCACUGUGGAAGCAAAGAAGGUGAUAACCGAAGAAAUCUGUGUAUCUCCUCUAGUUAAAGCCACUGAUGUAGAUAGUCAGAUACAUCAUUCCAAAGCUGAUAGUCAGUCCCAGACUAACAUCUGUGUAGAGGAUCAAGAAUGUGAUCUGAUGACCAUGAAAAACUGUGAUAUUAAUCAGACAGGACUUAAUUCUGAAGUAUCUGUAGGGAUGAAUAUAGCAAUCAUUGUAAAUGAUCAAAAAGAUUCUAAGGCAAUAACUAAAAGAAUAGGUGUAGAUGAAACAAUGACCAAAGAAGAUGGAGUUAAUUCUAAUAAUCUGACCGCAAAAGACGUUCUCACAACUAAUCAGUCAGCUAAUUCUAAAACUGAUGAGAUGAGAACUAAUUGUGAUGAUGAAGAUUACCAAUCAAAACUUGAUACCAGUACCAUAUGUGUCCCGAAAGCUGAUAACCUAUCAAUGGUAGAUCAGAAAGUAAUCACAGGGAUCACCAAAAGCUUGCAAGUUGACCAGCCAGUAUUAAAUUCUGAAAAAAUUAAUGUAGAAGAUCGGAAAACUUCUAAUUCAGAUACAAUACCCAUGGAAGGCAUCAAAGAUGAUCAGUCAGAACUCUGCUCUAAAACUAAUAAAUUAACUGCUGAGAUAAUAGAUGUAUGUGAUCAACCAUUAUUUAAUGCUGUACCUAACGAGUCCAGCAAAUCUGUGCAUGUUGUAGAAGAUGUUACAUUAUCAGUUAAUCACGGUAAGGUAAUUUACAGGAAGGAAUCAGAUAUCAGUAAUGCCCAGAAAGAUGGUCCAGGAGUCUUCGAAAGUUCUCAAAAUGAUUCUUCAGAUAAAGAAAAACCUAUCUUAACAUCCACUGAAAGCAGAAACCAACAGAAGGAAUUAUUUGUUAAUAGUGUAUCACACAGUAUAGAAGUAUUAUCAUCAUGUACAGAGGUCAAAUCAUCUCCACUGCCCUCAGCAUUAAAACUUGUGGAUUAUUCUGAUAGUGAAUUAGGAAGUGAAGCAAAUGAAACAGAUGUAGAAGAAAUCGCCAGUACUAUCUCUGAACCAUUAUGCUGUAAUAACAAAGAUAAUAUUUUUGAAAGAAAUGUUACGGAAAUAUCUCUGGAGGAACCAUGCACAUCAAAGGAAUCUGAAUCUAACAAGGUUGACAACCCAGAACAACAAAGUAAACCUUUGGUUAAUCAAAUCUUGAACACUGAUGAAGUGAGUACUACUUCUCCCCAGUUAACCAACAAAACAUCUAUAACUUACAAUUCACAAACAGUUUUGAAUUCUAGUGUCAAUUCUAUAAGUGGGGAACAAUAUUCAGCUUCAACUUCUUUGUCUAAAGAUACCUCAUCUGAAUCAGAAUUUUCUGAAAGUGAGCAAAGUACAGGACUACAUCUGGAAUCUUCAAAACAUAGUGGAAAUAAAGUUGAAUUGGAAGUUAAGAAGAAAUCUACAGUCAAGAUAACAACACCAGCAGAGACGUCUUCAUCGGAAGAUAUAUUGCCUGACUCAGAUGAUUCUGCAUCUCCAAUGUUAAAAUCAAAACCAGGAACUAAUAGUUUAACUCAAAGUAAAAUGUUAACAAUUAAAGAAUCUGUGAGUUCAUCUGAAAGUUCAUUAUCUGAUUCAGGAAUCAAUGAAAUACCUAUUAGGAAGACACAAUUUAACCAUCCUGGGUCCAAGAUUGAACAUGCAGCAGGGGAGCCAAUGACUAAAAUAUCAGCCAUUCAGGAAUCAGUAUCACCAGAAAAUAAACCGUCUGCUUUGGUCACCACUCGACCAAGUGUAUCAACAAAUUGUCAGAGUCAACUACCAAUGAAAAAUGCAACAACCACUGAAUCUGAAGGUGGAAACAAAGAUAGAGCCAAAGGAGAUGCAGCAGCUAUGGCAUCAUCAUCUGGGGAUACAUCACCAGAAGUUGGAAAACGCUCUGGACUGAUUCAUUCUCUUAGGGAACAAAUUAAACCAGAAUCCUUUAGUUGGGACCUGGAUAGUGAUGAAGAUGAAAAAAGAAAAGAAAAAAAUGAACGAUCGUGUCAGGCAUUAAGAAGUAAAGCUGUUGGCACUCCAUUUACAUGGGAUGAAUCGGAUGAUGAACAAUCUAAAAUUUCAGCAUUAAAGAAUAUCAAACCAUUACACACCACUCAAGUCAUUCAACCUGUCAGUAGAACAACCAUUGCUUCUUGUCUACCUCAAGAAUUGAAAUUUGAAAAUGUUAGCAGCAGUAGCAAGAGAAAGCAGAUUACACCUUUGGUUUCCAAGAACCCUAUUUCACAGCACAAAACUACACAGAUCUCAACUGGUGACUUUACAGUUGUGCCUACUCCUUUGAAAGUCUCCUGCUCUUCAGUACCAACAUUAAAUUAUGUUCCUGCUGCCAUGACAGAUACAAAACCCACUACUGUAUCACUGAAAACAGGAAUAGUUACUACACCACAAAAGGCAAUAAAAGUUAUCAAGAAUCAGAAGACUGAAAAAGAAAUGGAAAAUGAUACAGUUUCUCAAACAGAAAAAGCAACAGUGUGUCAAAUUAUAGGAACUGUAUCUCAAAAGGCAGAAAAGGUAACCAUACCUCCAAAGACAGAAAUGGUAACUGUUAAUCAAAAGACAGAAAAGAUAGCAGUGUCAGAAAAGACAGAAAAGCUAGAGGUACCUCCAACGACAGAAAAGUUAACAGCAGAACAAAAGAUAGAAAAAGUUGCUGUAACUCAAAAAAAUCAAAAAGUGCAAGCACAAACACAAACCAGGAAAUGCCUAACACGCUCCUCUUCUAGAACACCAAGCGUAAGUGAAAGACAAAGAUCAAGACGUGUUACACCAUCAAAAUACAGACGAACUAGUCCCACAAAGAGCAUAUCACCUCAAAAGAAAACUGUACUUCCCCACAUAUCUAAGGAUUCUGUGAAGUCUGUUGCUUGUGUUAUGAAAAAUAAAAGUACUAGUCAAAAAAACCAAGGUAUAAAGAGACCUGCACCUCUUAAACGUGAAGAAGACAUUCUGAAAAGAAAAGUUAAUAAAAUCAGCAAUUCUGAUGAUGGACAAGCUAGACCUAUAAGGUCUCAAACUGAAAGUGAACAGUUUCAAUCUGUAGUAGUAAUUCCAAAUAAACGAAUAAAAAGGGACAGUGGCGAACGUGAUAUUCAGAGCUCAUGUGAUACGAGUCCUGAAUCCAAAUUACAUUCUACAACACCAGAAUCUUCUUGUGACAUGGCUGAAUCUGAUUCUUUGAGUCCGAUUCGAAGAAGCAAACGUCGUCUGGAACGUCUUCACCGCAAAUUGUGUUGUGAUAAUGACAAUCAUGAUAUUGUUAAAAGACACAAAUCAAAUGAUUCUAAAUGUCAUCAUGGUCCAAGUUCUACUUGUAGUUCAUGUAGUCAAGAUAACAAACAAAAAUCCCCUUUACGUGCAGUCGUACGGAGAUCUUCCAACUAUCGUAGACAUUCACAUCAGCAUUUAAAAGAGGUUCCUAUCCCAGAAAAAAAACCUGAACAGACUAAAAGUAUAACAAUGAUUCGUGUAGAGAAAGACCUGUCUGUAAAAGAUGUUCAGAACUUUCCUAAGGGAAAAUGCAAACAGAACUUGGUGGCUAUUUACUCUGGUGAAUCAAGCCAACAAAUUGAUCAACAAGAUAGUAAAUGGAAGUUCCGACCGCGAAAUAAGAAUAAAAAAUAUCCAUUUAGUUUCACUCGUGCUCGAGAUAAGAGUGAUUAACAAAGUUUUAACUCCGAGAACAUCUUUUUUAGUAGGAACACCGUAUAUUUGUCUUCAGAUUAUAAGAACUAAUCUACGUUCUUACAAUCCAUUAAUAAUAGUGGUUCAACCAUCUUUUUCGGUAAUCAAAAUAGUUAAAGUUGUUGUUCUGGAUUAUUUACUAGUACGAUUGAAUUGAUCAUUUCAAUCAAAUAGUAUCAAAUAGAAUUGAAAAGUAUUAAUUUCAAGAUGUUGGACUGUUUAGGGUGUACUAUUGUAAGAAUAAAGCAAAAGUGAUAAAGUUUAGGAAUCAUAAUACUACAUGUAUUAAUACUCCCAUGGUUUUUGUAAAUAAAGUACAAAUAAAAUCCAGAGAUUGAUUCAAACACUGUGUAGUCUUCUUGGUGACUAUUUAAAAGUAAUGUUAUGACUGUAAACUUAUGUACCUAUCAAGAUUGUUCUCAGGGGCACCAGAUGGUCACAUACAAUAUUUUAUAUGAAAAAUCUAAAUUUAAAUACUGGCCACUGGUACAUAAGCUGAAGAAAGAUGGUUGAAAGUGAAACUACUAGAAUUUAAUUUAGUUUGGUUAUCUUGCUGGUAUUAUUUUCACCAAUGUUUGAUUUUGAAUACAGUUUAGUCAACUGUACCAAAUCUUGUGACAUAUGUUGGACUUCAAAAAUGUACAUCUCUCGACACAAUAAUUUUCAAGAUUAACUGUGAUAUUUUUAAGGUGGUCACUUCGCAAGAUUUUUCUGUGUUAAUAUUAUGUAUAGAUAGAAGACAAUUUUUGUAGUUUUCUUGAUAAAACAUCACAAUAGAUCUUGACAAAAAAUUAUAUAGCAUGUGCUUGUUUUUUGAAUAUCAUAUUAUCUUUUACAAUGUUCUGACUGAGUGAGUCAGACAGGGCAGUAUACUAUAUUCAUCACCUUGUUUUCAACAAUACAAAUCUACCAUACCCUUGAGUCCUUUUUUUAUCAGUAACAUAUCUUGGUAAUUGUUUGGUGAAUAGACCUCAGAAUUAUGAAUGUGUUGCAGGACUAAACAAAUGAAUUAAGAGUAAAAUACAUUGUUUCCUUUAUACUAAGGGUGCUAUUUUUGAAGUAACUGAGCUUCUUUAUUCCAUUUUGCAAAUGGUUUGCUGCACCGCGAUAUAUGGAUCAGUCAUGGCAUAGUUUUAAAGGAGGGGUUGGAUGGCCGAAUGGUUAGCAUGUGUGCGCUGCAUCGUAGGGUCUGUCAUUCAGUCAACUGGCAUAGUUUCGAUUCUCCGGUUGUACAUGACAAGGAGUAGGGUCGCCUGUCCAACCUCGUGGGUUUUCUCCAGGUCCUCGAGUUUCCUCCCACUGCUAAAUUUUAAAGGUCACAGAUAUAUUCCUGUUAUUCACACCAUUGUAUGUGUCAUAGAAUCUUGGCCUUUAGUUCUAGUUCUCAAAGUAGUUUUGGGAUAAGGAGACCUUGUUAUAAUUGAUUGCUAGCUUAGAUGCAACUAUUAAAAAUUUAAAUUGGUUUUAGGAAAUUCUUCUGGUGCUGUCUUGUAAAUAAUUAUGUAUACCACUAAUACCAGUAUUUUUCCUCACACCAAACAACCAAUUGAUUCAAUUUGUGUAAAAUUAAUUGUGUUUCUUUUUGAUAGAAAGUAGAAGUAGAUCAUGUUAUCAUUGUUUUGUAUAUCAGUUAGAUAAAUAAUGGUUCUUACAGAUUCCUUUCACCAAGAAUUUAUCACAAAAUAGCAAAUAAAAAGUAAUUUAGAUUUUGAUUUCUGGAACUUGAUUAUUCUGAAUGAUGUUAUCAAUAUUUAUUAUAUUUUUUUUAUUUUUUAUCUUUUGUAUAUCAAGCAGUUGAAAAAAUUUGUACACAAAACUGUAAAUAUUAAGUUGAGUGCUAUUUUCAUUUAAUAUCAUUUCCAUUGUUCCUUUGUUAUCAUUGGUUUGUCUUAUUUUGAAGAUAAUUAAUUAGAUAAUGCAUCUUUAAAUUUAUAUUCAAAUGCAUCAUUGUAUAAAUGCAUCUUUGUGAUAUAUGUAUAUAUAUAUAUUCUUGUACAAAGCAACUCAUGUAUUUGCCUUUUGGGGAAAUGUACAACUUGCAUUAUAAUAAAAGUGAUACUUUUGUAAUUUUAAA